UUAUGUCACGUGGCCCCAACGAGGAACUUCCGGCUGCGACGUCACUGCUGUCGGAAAACAUGGCGGCGUCCAGUGUGCGAACCGUGGGCAUCUAUCUGGGGAAAUGUGGGAUUUGCAGUUUGAAUUUAAAAACAGUUACGUCCCAUUUAAACCGACAGGUCCUGAGCAGACAGAUAUGCAUGAGCUCUACCGUCUACAGAAAGAACCUGGCUGCUGAAGGACCCGAGAAGUUCACAGUGGAGUUCAUUCAGAAGCAGGUGGAGGAAUAUAACAUCGGCAAAAGGCACCUUGCCAACAUGAUGGGAGAGGACCCCGACAAUUUCACGCAGGAGGACAUAGAUAGAAGUAUCGCCUACCUACUUCCCUCUGGCCUGUUUGAGAAGAAGGCUCGGCCCCUCAUGAAGCAUCCAGAGGAAAUAUUUCCAAGGCAGAGAGCUGUUCAGUGGGGAGCAGACGGCCGGCCGUUCCACUUCCUGUUUUACACUGGCAAACAGUCUUACUACUCCUUGAUGCACGAAACCUAUGGCAAAAUUCUGAACACGGAGAAAUAUCAAGAUCUUCUGAAAGCUAAAGGACUUUUCUCUCAGGAUGUCAAGCUAAUCUCUCUGGGAGCAAGCAGGUGGCUGACGAAGGAGGAACUGGAAGCUCUGCUAGUGGAGACCAUUUCAACUCAUGAUUACAAUCACUUCAUCCAUCUGAUGGAGCGACUGCUGUCACUGCACUACAGUGCAAUUGAGGAGGAGUUUAUCUUGUGCUACCGACGACAACUGGAGUCUCAGUCCAGAAAGCAAAUGGUGCCGCCGCUGGAGAGGGACGAACAAGGCGUGGCCUUCAGUGCUUCCGAAGGUCUGAGAAAGACUUCAAAGUCCUCUGUGGUUCUUAGAGACUGUGGCUCCGGACGUAUCGCCAUCAAUGGCCAAGACUACAUUCACUACUUCUCGGUGCUACAAGAUAGAGAGCAGCUGAUGUUCCCACUUCAGUUCACUGGCAUGCUGGGACGCUUCGACCUGGACUGCACUGUGAGUGGCGGCGGCAGAGCUAGCCAGGCGGGGGCGCUGCGACUCGCCAUUUCCAGGGCCCUGCUCAGCUUCCUGUCCAAAAGAGAGGGAGAGACCAUGAGACAAGCUGGCCUGCUGACCCCUGACCCCAGGGUGAGAGAGAGGAAGAAGCCUGGACAGGAAGGAGCACGAAAGAAAUUCACAUGGAAGAAACGAUGAGGAUAAGCGGGAGAACUUUAGUGUUAAACAUUCAGACUGGUUACAUGCUUUCUAGAAUUUAGCUCCUCAAACAAAAACAACGUUCAGAGAACCUUAAGGCAGUCUCGUGUCAGCCAUGUUUGGAAGAAGCAGGCUAGACAGUGCAAGAUGCACUGUGCAUUAUCAGCCACUAGAUGGAGGUGUGCAUCAAAGAAGAAGGAGGUAAAAGAAAGCUGUUAAUAUCAAUAAAUUAAUCUUUUCAUACAGAAAUAAA